GCCUCAGAGAGCAAGAUGGCAGCAAAAUCUGAUGGCGUGGGGGUUCUUACCGGUUUCGCCCAAUUGCACAACCUGGACGAAACGUUGGGGAACGGCGAAGGGGAUCCGGGGGAGAGCAGCUCCAUCCACAUCUGUCACUGCUGCAAAACCUCGUCAUGUUACUGGGGCUGCCGAAGCGCCUGCCUGCGCUCUCUCAUGGGGAAGGGGAAGGAAGCUAGGCGGCAGCCGCCGCAGGAGGAGCGCCUCUGGCUGGACUGCCUGUGGAUCAUCCUGGCGCUGUUGGUCUUCUUUUGGGACGUGGGCACGGACCUGUGGCUAGCGGUCGACUACUAUUUCAAGCGGGACUACCUUUGGUUUGGGCUCACCCUCUUCUUUGUGCUCGUCCCCUCGGUGCUGGUGCAGACCCUGAGCUUCAGGUGGUUUGUGCAGGAUUACACCGGAGGAGGUUUGGGGGCGGUGGAGGGGCUCAGUCGAAGAGUCCCGGUUGCAAUGGGCGAUGCCGUUCAUGGCAGGGACAGGUGCUGCAGGAUCUCGGUGUGGAUCUGGCAGUCUGUCAUACACAUCCUGCAGAUGGGACAAGUAUGGAGGUAUAUCCGUACUAUGUACCUGGGCAUUCAAAGCCGGCGGCAGAAGGAACACCAGCGCCGCUUCUACUGGGCCAUGAUGUACGAAUAUGCAGACGUCAACAUGCUGCGCCUCCUGGAGACCUUCCUGGAGAGCGCCCCACAACUGGUGCUACAACUCUGCAUAAUGAUCCAAAAGAACCGGGCUGAGACACUACCGUGUAUGUCCUCAUUGGCCUCCCUGUUCUCCCUGGCCUGGGUGCUGGCGUCUUAUCACAAGCUCCUGAGGGACUCGCGGGAUGACAAGAAAAGCAUGAGCUAUCGGGGCGCCCUGAUCCACAUCUUCUGGCGUUUGUUCACCAUCUCCUCCCGGGUGCUUUCCUUUGCCCUUUUUGCCUCUAUCUUCCAGCUCUAUUUCGGGAUCUUUGUGGUGAUCCACUGGUGCGCCAUGGCUUUCUGGAUCGUCCAUGGGGGCACUGACUUUUGCAUGUCCAAGUGGGAGGAGGUCCUCUUCAACAUGGUGGUGGGUAUCGUUUAUAUCUUCUGUUGGUUCAACGUCAAGGAAGGUAGGACUCGAUAUCGCAUGGUGGCUUACUACCUAGUGGUGCUCACUGAGAACGCUGCCUUGACGUUUCUGUGGUAUUUCUACAGGGACCCUGCUGCCACUGACUCUUACGCGGUGCCUGCCCUAUGUGGCGUGUUACUCAGCUUUGCCACAGGGGUGGUCUUCAUGCUCCUCUACUAUGGAGUGCUUCACCCCAUGGGCCCUCGGGCAAAGAUCCUGGUCAGCUCUUGUUGUGCUGAGCUUCUCUGGGGUUUGCCUUUGCCUCCCGAAGCUGAGCCCAUGGCUCCCACCCCAGGACCAAGGGGGUCCCAGGCUACCCGAAGCAGAGGGGGCUCCACCGGGGAGCAGCAGGAGGAAGAAGAGGACCUGACAGCCGACACCUGCCUGCCCGUUUUCCAGGUGAGACCAACGGUGCCAACCACCCCCAUGGGAAGGCCCUACCCCCUUGAGGGUCCCCUCAUCAAAAUCGACAUGCCAAGGAAGCGCUACCCAGCCUGGGACGCACACUUUGUGGACCGUAGGCUGAGAAGGACUAUCAACAUCCUUCAGUACAUCACCCCUGCAGCAGUAGGGAUCAGGUACAGAGACGGACCCUUGCUCUAUGAGCUUCUACAGUAUGAGUCUUCACUUUGA